AUGUCUCUUCAAGAGGACGAUUUCACUAGCAACAUAGAUGAGCAAUUGUUGAGCAGUGUUGACCCGCAUGGUGUCAAGUUGAAAUUGGAAGAAAUCGCCCAUGCUGCAGCCCUUAGCUCUCAAAACUCACAACAACACAGUCCCGAGGCAUCUGCUGCACAGUUUGAUGCAGGUGCUUUGCAAACCCAACAUCAGCAUCAACACCAGAACCAAGACCAGGACCAGAUUCAAAAUCAAAACCAAAACCUAAACCAUAAUCAAAACCAGGAUCAAGAGCAAGAACAUGAUCAAAAGGCAUCAAGGAGGAAUAGAAUAUCAUCAAAGGAAAAAAAUGUGGUCAAUGCUGCUAAUCAAGAUGAUUUCAGACAAUUCCAAUUGCAACAACAACUUCAGCUUCAGCAGCAACAACAUCACCAGCAGCAACAGCAGCAACACCAACAAAUUGAACAAGAUUUCAACAGACAGCAACAACAGCAACUUCAACAUCAUGCUCAACAACAGGCCGUUGCUGCCGUAGGCUUAAACAAUUACACCCACUCACAGCAGCAUCAACAGCAACAGCAACAGUUUCAGCAUCAUCAACAGCAGCAACUUCAGCAUCAUCAUCAACAUCAACAUCAACAUCAACAUCAUCAAAUACCUGAAUUGCAAGGACCAACAGCAGAAGAAUUAUCAGAAUACAACAUUCAGAUUCCGGAGCCUAUAAUUGAUGCAAAACUGAAGAUUUUCCCUGUUACUGAGAACACAAUUACUGCAGAAGGUAACUUAAUAACACGCCCAUAUCCCGAACAAAUAUUCAAUGAUCGUGAUGGCUUGAAUGAGUUUAUUGCUGAAUUUGCUAGGGACAAUGGAUUUGGUAUUGUUAUUGCCCAUUCAAAUAAAAAGGCCAUAUACUAUACUUGUGAGUUGGGCGGUCGUUACCGUCAUAAGAAGUCCAAGAAAAUUGAUGUGUCAAAACAGAUUGAUGUUGGUGAUGGUUACAUGUUGGACCCAGAUACAAAGACCAAAAAGUUGAAAUGUCCAUUUUCGAUGACCGCCAGUUUCAAAAAGUCCACAGGAAUGUGGACCUUGCGCACAACAUGCAACGAACACAACCAUCCGCAGUUGGACCCAUUACUGAAUCAUCCGAUGUUGCGCAAACGCAGCGAUGAGCUCAACUUGGUCAUCUUGGAGUUGUACAAGUUGGGAACAAAACCUUCUCACAUCGAAUCUAAGAUCAGAAGCCAAUACCCCGAUGUAAUGAUCAAGCGUGAAGAUAUAUAUAACGAGAUUAGAGGGUACAAGAGGAAAUUGAAGAAGCAAACAUCAAGGUUUGGGUUCAAUAAUCCUUCAAGAAUUGCUAAUGCCCAAUAUAGAAAAAAGGCGGCACAGCAAGCUGCAGCUGCAGCAGCAGCGGCGUCGGCGGCAGCUAACGCUGUCGUUGUUGGUGGAGAAGUAGGAGCUCACGGCACAGGCUCUAGUGCGCCAGAUAAUAAUCCUGGAGUUGUUGAUUUACCAAGCAGUAGUAAUAAUGACGCAAGUGACCAGGUCUCUGGUUUAAGUCUGGGUGUUUCAGGAGUUCAAGGUACUAAUGAAGUUGACCCUGUAGCCGCAGUCACUGCUGCUGCUAAUGCAAACGCAUUUUUACAAGGAGAUGGUCAAGAGCUUCAAUAUGAUCCUUACCAACAACACCAACAACACCAACAAUUUCAGCCCCAACAGCUGCAUCAACAGUCACAACAGCAACAGCAGCAGCAGCAGCAACAAGAACAACAAGAACAUCAAGAACACCAAGAACAUCAAGAACUUUCGCAAUCAACAAAUCAACAGCAACAACAGCAACAGGAAGAAUUUCAGCGACAAUUUGUUGCUGCAACACAGCUUGAUGAACAACAGUAUCAACAAUAUCAACAACAUCUACAGGAGCAUGGCUUGCAAGAUAACGAUAACGCAGCUACUGCUGCCGCAAUAGCUGCUGCGCGCCACCAUUAUGCGGAUUCCGCAGACUUGUCCAUGGACAAUAUUGAUAGCCGAUUAGUUGGAGAGUAA